AUGAAGACAGAGAACUGCACCACAGAAGAGAAGCUGGAUGCCAUGUUGCAAGACAUGGACACGUUCAUCCAAGAACAUCCGCCCAUUACUCCUGAAGUGUUUACAGAGACACUGAACCAGGCAAAGCAGCUUAAAAAUGAGAAACUUAUUUCGCAGUGCGAAAGAACAAUUGCUCGAUGCAAGGAAACACAGUCAAAGUUGAACUCACGCAGAAAUGCCUUACAACGCGCUAAGGUCCAACUUAUGAAAGCCAAAAGCGACAGUCCCUGUAAUUGUAUCGUCAAGUCUUCAGGCCCUGACAUUGACGACACUUACCUGUUGGCACCUGCAGUGAGCAAGAAAACUUCAUCUUGGCACGUUACCUGCACAAGUUUGCCUACUAGUCCAAAACUGCAUCCACGCCGCUCGUCAUUACCAAAUAAAGGAGAAGUUGUACAAGUCUCGCCUAUCAGCAAUUUGUCUUCACAGAACAUGGAGGAGUAUCAAGAACAACUUUUUAACGAUGGACUUAUUACCGAGGAUAUGUCCCACAGGAUUGUUACCUCAUUACCAAAAAGUUUAACGCUUCGUCCCACCCCGGAUACUAACGACUGUGAUACACACGGGACCCGGGAAGGGAGCUUGUUUUCUCGUUUACCAUUUUCAAAGAAGCACAUGACAAGGACAGUUACUGUUCCUGUAGCACAGUCAUAUUCAAUGUCACAAAUGCAAUUAAGCAGCUCACAAACAAUUCCACAGAUGGAUGGUUCCUUGACAAUAGAACCUUUACCAAGCAGCAUCAGCAGCAACAGUAGCCAGAACAGUAGCAGCAGCAGCAUGCCUGACGAACUUGCGUCAUCGCUCCACCUGGCUAGCAGCUGCAGGUACCUCACUGACCCACCUAUCCACCCUCACCUGCACACCUCACCUGACUUGGGGAACCCUCCCACCCCUGUCAAUUCUCACCUGUUCUACCUAAACGCUCCGGAGAAUGAAAGUUGGUGUACUUCUCCUGAUGGAUCACCAAGCAUAGAGACAGGACAAAAAAGGACACUGUCACUAAUCCUACAGGAAUUGAUAUCUACUGAGCGUGACUAUGUGUGGGCCCUCCAGCUGAUUGUUGACAACUACAUACCGGAAAUAAAAAAAGAUGAUGUCCCACAAGCCCUCAGGGGUAAACGAAAUGUUAUCUUCGGAAACAUUGAAAAAAUUUAUGAAUUCCACAGUCGACAUUUUCUACAAGAAUUAGAAAAUUGCAAACAGCAGCCUUUCCAAAUAGCUCAAACAUUUCUUUCACAUGAAGAACAAUUUUACUUAUAUGCUCUCUACAACAAAAACAAACCCAAAUCAGACCAACUCAUGCAGGAACAUGGAACUGCAUAUUUCCGGAGGAAGCAGUUCGAGCUGAAUGACAAAAUGAAUCUGUCCAGUUACCUUCUGCGGCCUGUGCAGCGAAUGGGCAAGUAUGCCCUCCUUUUGAAGCAGAUGUUGAAGGAAUGUCCAGAAUCAGACAACGAAUUUGCAGACUUAAAGAAUGCUGAAGAAAUGGUUAAGUUCCACUUACGCCAUGGCAAUGAUCUUCUUGCAAUGGAUUCCUUAAAGGAUUGCGAUGUAAAUCUUCAAGAACAAGGUCGUCUUUUACGGCAAGAUGAAUUCAUGGUUACACAAGGAAGGAAGAAGUUCAUGAGACAUAUAUUUCUUUUUGAGGAACUUAUCUUAUUCAGCAAAACAAAAAGAAACAGACAAGGAGGACCAGAGUCUUAUGUUUACAAGUAUAGUUUCAAGACGUCAGAUAUUGGUCUGACAGAGAACUUUAGGGAUAAAAGUAAUAAGUUUGAGAUCUGGUUCCGGCGCCGCUCACUAGGGGAAAAUUAUAUUCUCCAUGCUCAAUGCAGUGAAAUGAAAAAUAGCUGGGUUGGUGAGAUCUCACGGUUACUUUGGAAGCAGGCUAUCAAGAAUCGAGAGAGCCGGAAAUGCGAAAUGGCCUCCAUGGGGAUGGGAAAUAAACCCUGCAUGGAUCUGAAAGGUGAUUUCAAUAUCAAUGAUCGUUUAAUUAAUGUCACCCCCACCCAGUCCUUAGCCCGUUCACGAAACUCAAUUGCAGUAACUUCAGUGGACCAUUUCCGCAACGGGAACAAGCGGCCGAUUUCUAUCACCUCUUUAAGCAGUACAUCAUCUUCUAGUAGUGGCCAGUCAGCUAAUCAUGGUCUCCUCAAUUCACUUAACCUGGCUUUUGAAGCACUGAAUGCUGGGUCCAACACAGCCACAGACAGCCCUCAUUUCAACAGACGUUCUAUGAAUUCUUCAAACGAGAGUGGUAUUUGUACAGAUAUCUUUCUUGAACCUGACGUUCCUGUGUCUAACAGAGGAAUCCCAGCAGGCAGCAAUUCUGCAGCCACUUUGCCAGCCAACAUGCGGUUGCUGCCAACUAGUGCCCGAAGUGGAGCUGUUGCCGAUUCCAAUGAGAAAAAAGAGGAACCAAAGGACAAAUCUACAGUCCCUGACACACCUUCAGACAUGGAAACCCCAGUAUCUAGUGCUACAUGUUUUACCCCACUUACAACCACUCCAAAACAAGCCGAUCCAGGGAAACUUUGGCUUGACUUGUCCAAAAUUCGUACCCCACCAGAGUUGAAAGUUAGGGUUCUAGGACCAAGUCAACCAAAAAUAUCCAGUAUAAAUGCUGAGGAAAGUGAACUAUAG